ACUGUCUGGUAAGAUCUCUCAUCGACUCCAGAGCUAGUAGCAUGGUGAAUGUUAGACUAUUUUUUGUAACAUGCAUCUCUGAUGCCAGCAAUAUCUUUGAGUUUUCCAAUCAAGUGGGAGCGAGGGAAAGGUCUGACCCUCUUACUUGCCAGCCCCAACAAGAAUACCUCACUGAGAUGUGUGAGAGAGGGGAGGUCGAGCCUCGAGCAGCAGAUCUCACAGGCUGCAGACAUGGUGGGCAGAGAGACCUCCCAUCCCAACUACCAGAGGUGUCCUCACUCAUGAGCCUUCACUGCCAGGGGCACUGCAUAACUCCACUUGGAUCGUCGUCCCAGAGUAUCCGGAGCAGAUGAGUCCUACAUGAAGAGUCAGCUACACAUCCUCUAUGGUACACGGCCCUACUGUCAUGGCAAGACCUCACUGAUGGCGCUGCAUCCGCUUACCGUCUGAGAGAGGAGAAACCCUGGCGUUAAAUGGCAUUGUGUUGCGAUUACCUGGGACUGACUCCCCACUCUCUUCAACCAUAUUCACACACUUAGAAGUAUACAGACAGCAGAUAGCAGAGUGUAUGAGAUGAGAGGUGUCAUCCCAGGUGACUACCAGGGAGUGAAUGGGAUGUUUUGUCAGUGUCUGGAGUGUGCAAGUGAAGAGAGACCGCUCUACUACUGCUCCUGGACGGAGUCCCAGCUCUCUAGCUCUCUCCUGAAUGAUGGGGCCGGGGGACUGUCGUGCUCACCACGCACACUCCCACCUCACGUGAAGCUGGUUCUCUCCAGCUCAUCUGAGCCAAAUUAACCAACAAGGUCUUCCCGUCCUACCAGAGAUCUGCUGGCUAAACAUCCCACAAGCCUGGUCCAGGUUCCUCAGUUGUCAUAUGAAGAUUGCCAGCAAAUACUGUGCCACAGUCUGUCACUUGAGGAGAGAACAUUGAACUCGGAGCAGAUGAAGAAGGCAGUGGCUGCUUACAGCAGUGCCCAGUGCCACUCUUCCUCCAGUUGAUGAUGAAAACGCUCAGGGACUGGAAGUCUUUCUCCAUUAUAACAGACCCGAUUCCAUCUUCUAUUGACGGCCUAAUAGAGAGAUAUUUGGUGGAGUUGGAGGAGAAGUAUGGGGUGGUGUUGGUCAGUCGCCUCUUGGCCUAUGUAUCAGCAUCGAAACAGGACUGACAGAGCCCGAGAUCUGGACAUCCUUGCACUUGACACAGAGGUAACGUCAGAGGUGAAAUGGGUUUGGCGGUGAAGGUUCUGCCGACUGAUCUUUCUCCCGCCUGUCAUGUGGACUCAGCUGAGCCUCAGUCUCAGGCCUCUACUGACCUACAGAGUUGGUGUGGAUCACUCUCUGGUGCUGCAGUGGAGUCACCGGAGACUGAGAGAGUGGCCGAGACACGAUACUGCCCCAGCCAUACCUCUCAGAAGGUGUAUGGAAUGCUGGCUGAUUACUUCUGGCACAAGCUCAGAGAAAAGGGAUCCAGAAUCAGACGAUAAAAGUGAUUCCCUGGAGGCACUCUAUGCAGUCAACACCCAGCACUGCUCCUGAACGAGGGCCGGGGCAGUACAACAUCCGCAACUCUCGGAGCUGCCUCACGUCCUGGCCAGGAGUGGUCGGUUUGCCUCACACCCCACCAAUUCCGGCCUCACAGAGCUCUGUGCUGGACUACCAGUGGCUCAAUGCCUGCGUCCUCUCCUGUCCUCCUGGGAUCUCGCGAUCCACGACUUCACCUCCCGCAUAUCCCACGGUCCCGGAUUGGCAGGACUAACACAGAUGUUGACCAUGACUGCGCUGUUCGGCAGACUCUGAUGUACUCUACAACUGUGACUGAAUGCAGACAAGCUCUCAGCUGUGUGCCCAGCUAGUUGGCAGACUCCUACCUUACAUCAAAGCACCAGCUCGUGACCACUAUCCAGUACUGAAGAAGCUGGUGGUGGCAGCAGUGGAGGACAGGUCCCCUCCCUCACUCCUCUCCACCCUCUAUCCCACAUCCCUGGUGGCCCACACCUGCCUCAGUAUGGACGUCACCGCGACAGAGUCCUCCUGUGUCUCCACUGUACUGGUGAAGGGAGGGGGAGUGAUCACAGGAGGGGAUGUCCCUGGUCAUUAUGACGGAUCGUGGGACAAGACUCUCAAGAGCUGGGACCUGGCACAAGUGGGGUUCUUAAGACAUUUGACGGCCACUCGGACAGAGUGUUAUCCCUCGCUCUCUCUGCCAAUGGGACGUUAUGCUGUCUCGGGCUCUGAUGACAAGUCUGUCAGGUAUUGGAGUGUGGCCGUGCAGAGUGUGUACAUGUGCAUGAGGGGACACACUGCGGCAGUGACAGCAGUGGCAGUGACCAGAGAUGGGUCAACACUAUCUCUGCAUCCUCUGAUGCCACUGUCAAGGUCUGGAAUACUGACUCAAACAGCAGUUCCCGUGGUCAAACUGAUCUACACCCAUCGAGACCUCAAGAGGCCAGUGGCUGGCUGCUGUUCUGAGAGCAGUUCACUGGCAGUUGGGACCAGCAAUGGCAAGAUAUCCCUCUUGCACAUCGUCUCAGGACAGGUGAUGAGAGCAGUUCAAAGGUCACGAUCGAGCCGUGACAGCACUGGCUACAGAGGAGAGUUGAAGGGCAUUGCCAUCUGGUGUCAGGGUCGGCCGGUGGUGAAGUCAAGGUGUGGGAUUUCAGUAACUUUGACCUCCUCCAUUCUCUAACCAGGGAUAGUAGUGAAGGCAUCAGCAGUAUCAGCAUUGGAACCAACGGCAGGCUAAUCGUAGCCAAUGGACAAAGGGAGGCUGGGAUGUGGGACCUGAAGACUGGUACUCAUCUCUACGACCUCCCACCACACUCAUCCGACAUAUACUGCACAGUCAUGGCUGACUCUGGGAGACUAGCAAUCACCGGGUCCUCCAGCCCUUCCCUGACAGUCUGGGACAGCCUCUCACCUCCCGUCCAGCACACCACACGACUCCACCCAGGGGAGGACAUCUCUACUGUCGCGCUCUCUGGCUGUGGCGGCCUGGGAGUCAGCACCAGCCACACUGGGAGUAUCUGCGUAUUUGAUACGGAGGCAAUGUCCCCUAUUCGGCGCCUAAAACCUCAUUCAGCAGCUGUUACACAAGUCUUGGUGUACAAGGAUGGAAACAAGUUGUUCUCCGCCUCGAAAGAUGGCACACUUUGCCUCUGGAACGGAGAAAAGAAACUGGAGAGAUCAUGACAAAGUUUGAAGAGAACAAUAGUUCUAUCAACUGUAUGGCCAUCACGGGUACUAAAGACCUGCUAAUGACAGGGGCGGAGGAUGGAGAGGUGGCUUUUUGGAGCAUCGAAACCGGCAAGAAACUACGGUUGUUCUCGGAGCACA